ACAGAAGAGAUACACGUGCGUGGCCUUAACAUAACAUCCUACACAGCGAUGCCUUCCUCCGUCUUUCCGCUGUGCGUCCUGGGACUGCUGGCGCUGUCCUCGGCGUGCUACAUCCAGAACUGUCCCCGCGGCGGGAAACGCGCUCUGGCGGACGGAGAGCUGCGACAGUGCAUGCCAUGCGGACCCGGGGACAGGGGUCGCUGCUUCGGCCCCAACAUCUGCUGCGGUCAGGAGUUCGGCUGCCUGCUGGGCUCCCCGGGCAUCGCUCAGUGUGUGGAGGAGAACUACCUGCUGACCCCCUGCCAGGCGGGAGGGAACCCCUGCGGCUCUAAAGGAGGACGGUGCGCUGCUUCGGGUCUCUGCUGUAACGCAGAGAGCUGUGCAGUGUCCUCUGAGUGUCUUGAGGAGCUGCAGCCAGCAGAGCCUCAUGGCUCAACGGGGAAUGGGAACUCGCCUGCGGAACUGCUGCUGCGCUUGCUGCACGUAGCCACCAGAGGGCAGACUGAGUACUAAUGAUGCGUCACCACCUCCUUUUACUCUAGCCUUGGUUUCACAGUUGCUACAAAGCCGUAGCACACCUGUUACACUGACUAACAACAGACCACAUACGACCUUAAGUGUUUUUGUGAAUACUGCCUUAUAGCCUACUGUUACUACAUCCAUUCAGAGCCCUCGCCUCUAGCACUGUGGUAUAUAGUUGUUUGAAUACCAAAUUGGGUUUAUUAGAUGUAAAAUAUAUAUGCCUAGUGUCAAACUCCAGGGAAUCAGGAAUCAAGAUGAGAUGUUAUUUAAUUCGUUCCUGAAUUAUAACUGUACAUAUAUAUGCACAUACUGUAAACUAUUUUUUUUGUUUUAUUUCUGAAGCUACUAAUAAAACGAAUGUA